UAAAAAAAAGAAAAAAAAGAAAAAACUUGUCGCAAGUACGUCGAUUACGAAAAAUGUGUUUGAAAAAUGUAACCUGCAUUGUGAUGACUCAUUAUUCAGAGUAUAAUGGAUAGUUUAAUUUAUGCAGUCAUUUCCAUCCAGUUCUGUAAGGAAAAUAUCUCAUCAAAUCUCUUUAUUCAAUCUCAUCUUAUAAUCCUGUUUUCUUCCUUUUUUCAACAGCACUGUAUUUUUAUCCCCUAAUCUAAUCCUGUGGUAAUACCCUGUUUAUCGAUGAGGAACCUCUAUGAUUUGCGUCAGCUUUGAUCGAAAUCACGAUUGUGAUAAAAACAAAAAUCGAUAAGAAUCUAGGCAUAUAAAUUGAGCCCCACUAUCACAGACAGUUACAGUUAGCUGCCAAAAAUGAAACAAUUUGCAUUCUUCUUUUUUUUCAUAGCUGCUGUAGCGGCAGCUCCGGGAAGAAGUUACUACGAAUUGAUUCCCGGAGGUCGCGUUGUAGGUGGUAUACUCGCGGAGCCACAUGAAUUCCCAUACGUAGUGUCCGUUCGUUUAGCAGUAUUCAAUUCACAUAUUUGUGGUGGCACCAUCAUCAAUCAAGAUUGGAUUUUGACGGCAGCUCACUGUAUCACGGAAACAUUUCUAAGACGCUUCGUCAUUUGGGCUGGUGCACACAAUUUUGCUAUAACUGAGCCUAGCAGACAAAUACGAGAUGUUGAUCGGUUUUCUAUUCAUCCUGACUAUAGAGGUGGAGUCAACCCCUCUGACAUCGCUGUGAUGCAUUUGAGUGUGUCUCUGGUCUACACCCCUCACGUGAAUAAUAUUUUAUUACCCGAAAGUGGAAGACAUUUCAGUGGAACGUCAACCUUGGUGGGCUGGGGAAGUACAUCGCCCACUAACAUCCCAUCAAUGCCAAAUAUUCUACAAAAAGUUGAAAAACCGCUACUUGAUUACGCUACUGGCGAACAGGCUAAUGGUGGAUCCGGCAAUUCACCGCUGGCAGAAACCAACAUUUGUACGGGACCUUUGACUGGAGGAAUCGCUGCCUGCUCCGGUGAUUCGGGUGGCCCAUUGUUGAUCAGAGAAAAUGGACAACGAAUGCAAAUUGGAAUUGUCUCCUGGGGCUGGAUACCCUGCGGAAGUGUGGGUCGUCCAUCGGUGUAUGUUGGUGUUUCACAUUAUGUUGACUGGGUUAAAGACGCUAUUGGGGCGAACUGAUGGCGUAU